UCCUUGCUCACACUACUGUAGUCAAUAGAGCUACUCAGGGAAGUAACGGCCGCAGGAUCAGGCUCUGUCUUUUUGUGAUGUUAUAAACAGAGCAGUUUGCUUAUAAUUGGAGUCUGGCGUGGUGCUACAGGUCUGCUGCGGAUGGAAGGCAUCUUUGGCCAUAAUCAGCCUCCCCUAUUCAGUGGGUACUUUGCCUGAAUAAGCAGUGCUGGAGAAAGCCUUAGGAACACGCCUUCCCUGCUAUAUAUUCUUUGUGUAGUCAGGGCUGUUUUCAGAAUCAGUUUCAGGUGGGCACAGUUAACAGUACCCAGCCCUUGGGAGGAGAGGAGGAGGUGCCUUAUGUUGCUCAGCAACCCCCGAUAUUGGCCACUCAAGCAAUGACUGACUCCAGCCCUUCUUGAUUAGAAGAAUGGGUCAGCCUUCGGUUAGGCCAACUGGUGCAAUAAGCUAUCUGCUUCACUAAAACAGGCCUGACUGUUGCCUGGCUUGAAGAAGCUGUUUACCCAAUGUCUAAAGAAGCCCUGCUGUUGUCAAAUGAACUGAAAUGGUGACUUCCUGAUAUGGGUCCGAGCCUGGAAGAUGCUGAGCACUUCCAUUUCGCUUGGAGUCAAGGGUGAUCAGAACUUUGUCUAAAAUUGGGAACCACCAGAGGGCCCAAGCUUACAGUGUCCUGUGUUUGCGUUGUGAUGUGCUCUGCAGUGAGACUGCAUGCUGUUCCUGUGGAAACCCCGGGUGGCUCUGGUUGUCACGUGGGGCCACGAUGUCAGAUAUCAUGGUGAAUUUGAAGUCCUUUCAGUCUGAGCAUGCGGUGGAAGAAAGUGAGCAGCCCUUGCUGUGUUUAAGAAGCCGCUGCAAGGGGAUGAUGGUGAAUGCAUGCGCCCAUGCUGUCUUCUUCUGCAAGCUGCUCCAUACCCUCAGGCAGAAAGAGAGUGGGAAGGUUUCACUGAUUGCCUCCCAGGAAUCCAUGGGUGAAGGCCUGAAGGUUGGAAUUAUUGGUGGAGGCCACAUUGGGAAGCAGCUGGCCAGGGCACUACUGGAGCUGAGUGGCAUUUUGGCUCAGAAUAUCCACAUCUCCACCAGGAGGCCAGAGACUCUGUCAGAGUUCCAGCAGCUUGGAGUCGAAUGUUUUUAUGACAAUGGCCAGCUCGUGGCCUGGGCAGACAUUGUGUUUCUUUGUUGCCUCCCAUCUCAUCUACAGCACAUCUGCUCAGGAAUUCGUGCUGCUCUCCGGGAACCCUGCAUUGUGUACAGCCUGGUCACUGCUGUCCCGCUGCCCAGGUUGAAGCAACUCCUUUCCUACAGUGCCAUCCUGAGGCCACAGUACCAAUGCACUAGCAGGAACUUAGGAACUUUGUGGGGAACAAAUGGGACAAUCAUAGCUGCACUCCAAGACCCUAUUGUUAUCCAGGCUACCUGUCCCUGUAGCCCCAAAGAAAGAAUUGCUGUCACUGGCAAGUGGUUGGAGGCCGUUUUCUAUGCAGCCCUGAACAGCUGUAUGUGGCGGCACCUGCCCCACCAGCGCGCACUGAAGUUACUGAAUGACGUAUGUUUCCCUGAGCACUGCCCCAUCUGUGCAGAGCAGAAGACCUCCUGCCCACGGUUUGUGUGUGGGAACUUUGUCAACCAAACGUUUGUCUCCUCCCUGACUCAAGAGGACACCUUCCCCUGGUUUGACCUGACAACUGUACAAAUGAAGGAGUCUCCCUUCAGUCAGCUCCUAGCAAGGAGUGUGCUUCUCCAGAACCAUCUUACUUUGUUGUACUGUACCUCCUUUGGAGUUUUGCUUGCAAAGAGUGGAGGGAUGGCCAGCAGUGGCCUCUGGCAGCAGAAUAUCUUCUCUUUCUGCUGCAGCAGAUCCCAGUAUGGUGCUGGAUCAUGAGUCAAUGUCCACCCACAACUGCUAUUGAUGUGACUUGGAAAGAAGACCCAGGGGAUGUUCCUAACACUGAUUCUGAAGCUUCAUACAGUAUAACCACGGUGUGAUUCCAAAACCUCCAGGGAUGGAACUGCUUUGCUAAAGUUUAAUGCUGAAGAGAACUGUGGCAGAGAUUAAGACCCCUUUCCUACCAGUUCCCAUUGUAGGAUCCAUAUGGUUGUGUGUGGUGGAGGAAUGUACUGUGAGGACUUGUCCUGCAGUGGAAAGGAAAAAGCUGGAAUGGCAUGUAAACCUUUACCUGACCAUCACCCACAGCACAAACCAACUACAAAGUAGUAGGCAAAUUAAACAGUGAAAUCAAAUAGCAUUCCUGACUCAUAAU